AUGAAUGGAUUCCACGAAACGGUGGAUGACAGUGUCAACAGCCAAACUUUGAUCAAGAAGGCAGCGGAGGACGAGGUCAUCGAAGAUGAGUUCAAUAUUCACUCAACAGUCGGCUUGGUCUCUGCGCUGCUUCUGUCCUGCCUCGCCUCGACGGUGAGCGAUUCCAAAGACCUCAAAGACUUCGCAGAGGAGCGUGACCGCAGAUGGGAGUUGCAAGACGAGGGAGUUUCCAUCUUCGACGUAUACCAGGCCCUGAUUUUCGUCAGCAUGUCCUGCAGCUUGGCUUGCAACGUCCUCGCGAUCAUGACAUCCAUUGCGCGCCUUAUUGCUUUUCAACGCGUUGCAAAGUCCGACGCGCCCGAUUUCCAGAGGAUGAUGGCCGCAGGGCGGGCGGGAUGGUGCGCAGGCGCUCUGCCGGUUGUGGCCAUGGCCGUAGGUGUGAUAUCCUACAUAUUCGUCAUGUUGAUUCAGGGCUACCUGGUCAUGAAGGUCAAAACUCUUCAAUUUUGUAUUGCGACGAUCACUGUUUGUUCCUUCUUGUGGGGAGCCCACGAAAGCUGGAUUUUCAUGGCGAAGCGAGCCGUAAAUCAUCCCGAGCUGGUCAACUUGAGUUGCGCGAGCGAGUAUGAAGUACUGGAGUGCUGUGAGUCCGAAUGA